AUGGAGUACUACGGAGCCCAGGCAAGCAUGACCGUAUGGAAGUCGCGGGUCAACUAUCCAUUCGAGUUCAGCCUCUCACAGAUAUGGCUCGUCUCCGGUACAUUCCCACAUGAUCUCAACAGCAUUGAAGCUGGGUGGCAGGUCUACCCGAAGAUGUAUGGAGACAACAAUCCAAGAUUGUUCACUUAUUGGACAUCCGACGCAUAUCAAGCAACAGGCUGCUACAAUUUAAUCUGUCCAGGCUUCGUUCAAACCAACCGUAGAAUCGCCCUUGGAGCUACAAUUGCUCCAACUUCCUCCUACAACGGCGCACAAUUCGAUAUCAGCUUACUGGUUUGGAAGGAUCCGAAGCACGGGGAUUGGUGGUUGGAAUACGGGUCGGGUGUGGUGAUCGGGUACUGGCCGGCGUUUUUGUUCACUCACCUUCGAAGCCACGCAACGAAGACACAGUUUGGCGGAGAGGUGGUGAAUAAGAGGUCGUGGGGAUUUCACACGGCGACGGAAAUGGGGAGUGGGCAUUUCGCCGGCGAGGGGUUCCGAAAAGCUGCUUAUUUUCGUAAUAUGAAGGUUGUGAAUUUGGAUAAUAGGUUGAUUCCAUUGUCGGAUUUGAAGGUUUGGGCAAAUAAUCCAAAUUGCUAUAAUAUUCAACCUCGAAAUGAUAGAGUUUGGGGAAAUUACUUUUACUAUGGAGGGCCGGGAAGAAAUGUGAAGUGCCCUUAA